CCCCUCGAGAUGUGAAAUGCGACCUGUGUGAGCUUCGUGUGAUUUCUGCUGCAACUUGAGUUAGGCGAGCGAUCCCUUACGUUAAUGCUAACUCAGCGCGUUACAUACACACAGAAGAGGACAACAAACACGAGGCUCAUUUUGUGUCUUUCUUUAUUUGUUUUCUUUAGCACAGAGAUUUCUCGAUCUGUACACCAUCGGAAAUCUGCUGGGGAGUGGAGGCUUUGGAUCAGUGUACGAAGGAGUUCGUCGCAAAGAUGGACAGCAGGUCGCCAUUAAACACAUCCGUAAGGAUGGCUCGGACCUGUACAUCACCGUUCCUGGCGAGACCUGCAAGCUCCAUCUAGAGGUGGCUUUAAUGCAAAUGCUAUCAAAGCCACCUCACUGCCAGUACGUCCUGCAGCUUGUGGAUUGGUUUGAAAUGGACAACUGCCUCCUGUUAGUCCUGGAAAGACCAAUCCCCUGCAUGGACGUGUACGAGUUAUGCUUGAGUGAAGGAGGCACACUCAGCGAGCUACUGGCCAAAAUGAUCAUGCUGCAGGUGGUCGAGGCUGCCCGCUACUGCCAAAGUCACAAGGUUUUCCACCGUGACAUCAAGGCGGAAAACCUUCUGUUCAACUCCGACACCCUGGACAUUAAAUUGAUCGAUUUUGGCUGUGGCGAUUUGUGGCAGGACACGCCCUACGUGGAAUAUGCAGGAACCCCAGAUUUUUGGCCUCCAGAAUGGAUCCAGCAACAACAGUACUACGCCGACCAUGCUACCGUCUGGAGUCUGGGCAUUCUCCUAUACAGCAUAGUCUGUGGAGAAAUGCCCUUCAGUAAUGAGGAGGAAAUUGUUGCUGGGUCCCUCAAUUUCAUACCUGGCCUGUCUGAAUCCUGCCGCCAUCUGAUCAACUGGUGCUUGGAGCAAGAUCCCACCAAAAGACCAAGCCUGAAGCAGAUCAGUAAACAUGGGUGGUUCACAGAAGGCCUUUCCGGUUAGCCAGGUAAAACAUCAGAUCUAAAUAAAAUGAACUAACACAGAAUAUGAUCCAGCUCACAUGGAUUGUACUAGAACCCUACUGCAUGCUUCUACAAUAAAGUAUCAUGUAAUUUUAUUUUCAUGACAAUUGAACUUCUUCUU